AUGGCGGAGUUUGUAGUCAAACCACUGGUAUCCAUGUUGACGAACAAGGCGUCCAGCUACCUGCUGGACCAGUACAAGGUGAUGAAUGGCAUGGAGGAGCAGCGUGAGACCCUCAAGCGCAAGCUUCUGGCGAUCUUGGAUGUCAUCCAAGAUGCGGAGGAGAAAGGAGCUUCCCGACCUGGAGUGAGUGCUUGGCUCGAAGCACUCAAGAAGGUGGCCUAUGAGGCGAACGAUGCCUUCGACGAGUUUAAGUAUGAGGUGCUCCGGCGUGAAGCCAAGCAGAAGGGACACUACAAGAAGCUUGGCUUUGACAUCGUAAGCAUCUUCCCUGCUCACAACCCAAUUGUAUUUCGUUACAAGAUGAGUAAGAAGCUGUGCAGAAUUGUGCGCAAAAUUGAGGGCCUUGUCAGAGAAAUACAUGACUUUAGAUUCAACCAAACUCAGCAAGCACCACCAUCCAAGCACUGGCGCAACACAGAUUCCAUAGUACUUGACUCUGAGAAGGACAUUGUCAGCAGGUCCAGAGAUGAAGAGAAGAAGAAGAUUGUUAGUAUAUUGGUUGAUCAAGCUAGUGACAGGGACCUCAUUGUCCUACCCAUUGUUGGAAUGGGUGGGUUGGGCAAGACCACCUUUGCUCAGCUUGUCUACAAUGACCCUGAAAUCAAGGAGCAUUUCCAGCUCCAGAGGUGGUGUUGUGUGUCAGAUGAUUUUGACGUUGCUAAGAUUGCAAGCAAUAUCUGUCAGACCAAUGAGAUCAAUCGUGAAAAGGCACUGCAGAACCUUCAAAAGGAAGUAAGUGGGAAGAGAUACCUCAUUGUGUUGGAUGAUGUAUGGAAUGAAGAUGCUGAUAAGUGGGAAAAACUCAAGACCUGCCUGAAGCACGGUGCCAAGGGCAGUGCAAUACUGACGACCACUCGUAAAGCACAAGUAGCACAAAUUAUGAAGAUGUGUAUUGAUGACAGCCACAAUCUUGGAAAUCUGGGUAAAGUAUUUCUGAUGGAAAUAUUUGAGAAUAGAGCAUUUUGUUUGCAAAAGCCAAAGGCUGCUGAGCUAAGCGAUGUGGUUGAAAAGAUUCUGGACAGAUGUGGAGGCUCUCCUUUAGCUGCCAAAGCCUUUGGAUCUAUGUUGAGUAACAAGACUCGCAUGAAAGAAUGGACAGACAUACUAGCCAAAAGCAACACUUGCAAUGAGGACACAAAAACUUUGCCUAUACUCAAGCUCAGCUAUGAUGACUUGCCAUUACACAUGAAACACUGCUUUGCUUUUUGUGCAAUAUUUCCCAAAGAUUAUGAUAUUGAUGUGGAAAUUCUAGUCCGGCUAUGGAUGGCACAUGAUUUCAUACCAGUAAAGGAUGGUGAGAAUCUUGAAAAGGUAGGCAGAGAAAUUUUUGACGAGCUAACUUGGCGAUCAUUCUUUCAAGAGGUCAAGCUAACCCCCCGAGGAACGUACGCAAAAUCCUGGGGGGAGAUCCGUUCCAGAACAGUAUGCAGGAUACAUGAUCUUAUGCAUGACAUUGCCUUGUCUGUUAUGGGAAAAGAUUGUCUUACUAUAGUUGACAGGCCUAAUGAAAAGGAGUUGUUGUCAGCAGGCCCUGCUCGCCACCUGUUCUCAUCAUAUGAGAAUAUCCGGACUCUUUUGGAUGAUUAUCUGAAGAAACACUCUCCCACUCUUCAGACACUGUUGUAUACAUAUAGCUUCACUAAUGGCUCGACACCACAUUUGUCGAAGCACAAUCAUCUGUGA